AAUAAAGAGAGAGAAACGCAGAAAUCAAAAAACUGUGUUUAGCUUAGCGCGGCUUUUCUGAGAUGUGCAAUGGGAGCUGUGUGCUUUCCCUCUGACAAUAUUCUAUCUACUGUGUCUUCUUCACUGCUUCCUUCGGGUCCUGUGCUCCUUCCAUAUGCGAAUAUCAUUUCUCUUUUGAUUAUUUAUUACUUUUUUUUUUUAAAAUGGAAAUAUAACCAUUUAUUGCUCCUCUCUCCUCUCCUCUCCUCUCCUCUCAUCCUCCUCCUUUAUAAUUUGUUUUCACUCUUUGCUUCUGGAGCUCUUGCCCUUAUGAAUUCCGUCCUUCGAUAUGCUUUUUCUUUUCUCUUUUUUCAGAAAAGACACGACUCGUGAGAGACAGCUUUUCCCGAAACCGAUCUAUUAAUAGCUGCAACUUUGAAAAAUGAAAUAUUUUUUUUAAAAAAAUUUUUAUGGGAGUGGAAAUGGAAGCAAUUUAUCGGUCACAUUUAUAGCGUUUCAUUAUUCCCAAUUAGCCUACCCAAUACCAAUCGAGAUCGAGUGACUGCUCUCUCCGUUUCCUCUCCAUUACUACCUUGUUAAAUGUUCGUGCUUUUGGAGCUCUGCACUCUGGAGAAAUUUAAGGUAGAGUUGUCAACCAGUUAUGUGAGCGUUUUGUGUCAUUUUUCUAUUGCUUAAUAUGCCAUUUUUAGCACUGAAUUGGUAAAUCGUAAGUACAUAUGUAGAAAAGCUGGUGUUUUUAUUUAGAUUUCUAGUGUCUAUGGUGAUUUGCUGUGUACGACUGCUUAGUUGAAUGCUUUUGAGCACUUAUUUAUUUUUAUUUUUUUUAAAGAGUUUGAGGAUACCACUUGAUUUCUUCAAAGUAAUUCAUUCGUGGAGGGAAAGUCGAUGGGAGAUGAUAGUGCGCUUCCUUGGUUUUUAGAUAAUUGAUUUUAUGGUCUAGGACAUUUCUUGGAGGCGUUUUGUUGGGAUCUUAACGGAUUUUUACCUAUAUUAUUCUUCUUUGACCAUUUUGACUUGAGGAUUGAGAUUGGUCCACUCCCCUUUAAGAUAUGGGGAGAAGGGUCAAAAGAAACGAGUGUUCCUGAAAUUGUUCUAUGUUGACGAAGUUUUCUUCGUGUGAUGUGAUUUCGGAUAAAGAAUUAGCGUUGUGAGAUAUUCUCAAAGAAACCGUGGGUUGAAGAUGGAUUUCUUCAAAGCAAAUAAGUUUAGAAAAGCCCACAAACCAGACCUAGAGAAGGAUUUAGAGGAUAAGCCUGUGGCACAGCCAGAGGAACCAAAGAAUGACAAUGCAGGUGGUGGUGGUGGUGGUGGUGGUCAUGUUGUGGGUAACAAGUCUGCUAAUGCUGAUGCUGUAGCUGAAUCUGAGGAUGAUGACGAUGAUUUUAUAACAAAUGAGGUGAAGAGGAGGUUGAAAGAACUGAGAAGAAACAGUUUCAUGGCGAUAAUUCCUGAAGAAGAGUCAUGCCCUGAAGGGGAGGAAGAUGAGGAGGAGGGUGAAGCAGAGACAAACUCUAGUGAAUGGAGGGAUUUUGAAGCAGAAGGAAGGAAGUGGUGGAGUGGGUUUGAUACUGUAUAUGACAAGUACUGUGAACGGAUGUUGUUCUUUGAUAGGAUGAUUGUGCAGCAGCUCAAAGAAAACGGCUGUCAUACUCCUUUAAACCCAUCACCUAGGUCUUCUUCAAAGAAGCUAGCAUCCCCUUUCCGGUGCCUUUCCUUGAAAAAGGUCGAAGAACCUGAGGAUGAAACUGAACACCUGCAGCAGCCAUGGAAUGACCCAUAUCAAGAUCUUGAAAUGGCAUAUGUAGCUCAAGUUUGCUUAACUUGGGAGGCACUUCACUGCCAAUACACUCAACUGAUUCAGAAAAUCUUGUGCCAACCUGAAGGUUUAAUGUGUUACAGCCACAGUGCUCAGCAGUUUCAGCAAUUCCAAGUUCUGUUGCAAAGAUUUAUUGAAAACGAGCCCUUUGAGCAAGGUCUCAGAGCAGAAAUUUAUGCUCGUGCAAGGAAUCUGUUACCCAAACUGCUUCAGGUUCCGAAUGGAAAAGGUUCAGAUAGAAAAGAGACAGGUGAAAUGGAAUCUGAUUUACAGGUAGUGGCCCCUGAUCUUAUCAAAAUUAUGGAGAGUUCAAUCCUUACUUUCCAUCUUUUCCUGAAGAUGGACAAGAGAAAGGCAAGCAGUGUUCUGAACUUGUUUGGAAAUCAGAAUCAAAUUGCAACCCCUCUUCAAUUGAUUCAGUCUUCACUCGAGAAGAAAAGGACGAGGUUGAAGGAGCUGUGUAAAAAGAGUAAAGGUUGGAAGAAGAAAUCGUGGCCUCAAAUGUACGAGGAUGUUGAGUUGUUGUUUGGUCUCAUAGAUGUUAAAAUCUUGUCCAGGGUUCUCAGGAUGGUGAAGAUCAGUAAAGAGCAGUUAAUAUGGUGUGAAGAAAAAAUGAAAAAACUGGCCUUAUCAGAUGGGAAGUUGCAAAGAGACCCCUCUCCCAUCCUGUUCCCUUGUUAAUAGCUGUAUAAGGAAGGAUGUAAUCAGGAUUAUGAGAUGGUUAGCUGCAGGAAUAGACUGACCCGUUCUCUUAAACCAUAAAUGUGAGAAAGGGUUCCUGUAGUGUGGCAUCUACUAAUCUGUGUACUUGUGUAGAUGAAUAGAUAGAACAAAUUGCGUGUGGAAAUGGUUCUAUCUGUUUAUCUGCACGAAGGACAUAGAUAUCCUUUUGUCAAGUUUGUUUUUGAGGAAACUAAUCUCGGUUUGGCAUCAAGGGGGAAGGAUGUUUGUAGGGGAUGUAAUCUGAUUUAUCUGUGUUUAUGAACUGAAAUUGUUUUAAACUGCUAGCAGUUUAAGAACUUUUUAUGUCUUCAACCAUAUAGACAUACAUAGUUUUGAGAUUUAAGAA